GUUGAAGAUAAAUUUGGGGAGAUGUUCAUUACGAUCCUCAAAUACUCGGUAAGAGAAGACGGAAAAGUCCUCAUAAAGCAGAAGAAUGUGGCAGGACCUUUUAAAAGUAUGGCUUGUAGUGGGAUUUCUUGUUGUGCAUACCGGUGCUGAUGACACCAUCGUUAGCACAAAGCAAGGAGAAGUUAGCGGUAAAAAAGUAUCUGUACUGUCAGGGAGUGUCACAGCAUAUCUAGGUAUCCCAUAUGGAGAGCCACCAACAGGUACACAGAGGUUCAAAAAACCACAACCACGAAAACCAUGGGAUGGUGUACUUAAGGCCACUGAGUUUGGAAACUCAUGCUUCCAGAUUAAAGAAGACGAAUAUUUCAAUUUUCCAGGGAUUGAAAUGUGGAUAGUGAACAACGAAAUGAGUGAGGAUUGUCUGUAUCUCAAUGUAUGGGUCCCAUCACCCAAGCCAAAACAUGCUGCCGUCAUGGUGUUUAUUUAUGGAGGAGCGUUCAUAACUGGAACAACUUCUUUAGAUAUUUAUGAUGGCAGUGUUCUAGCAUAUGCUGAAAAUGUUAUUGUAGUGUCCAUGAAUUAUAGGCUGGGAGCACUGGGCUUUCUGGCUUUGCCUGGAAAUAAAAAUGCUCCAGGUAAUGCUGGUUUAUUUGACCAAAGAUUGGCUCUCCAGUGGGUUCAUGAGAACAUUGAGUCUUUUGGUGGGAACCCAGAUGGUAUAACAAUUUUUGGACAUAGCGCUGGAGCAGCAUCUGUUGGUUAUCAUGUGAUAUCUGCUGGUAGCCAUAAUUUUUUCUCAAGAGCCAUCAUUCAGAGUGGGUCAGCCACAGCGUAUUGGGCAAUAAGUUCUCACGAAAGAGCAAGAAAGUUAACUCUAAAAGAAGCUGAACUUUUGGGAUGUCCUCUAGAAGACGAUGAUGCCUUAAUAGAAUGUUUACAAAAACAAGAUCCCAAAGACCUCACUGACAAGCAGCUUUCAGUAGAGACUCAAUACGCUCUCACACUUUUUACACCAGUACUGGACAGUGAUUUCAUAAGUGAAAAUCCAGACAUCUUAGUAGAAAAAACAUUAAAACAAGGUGAUAUUUUAAUAGGGAUAACCAAGGAUGAUGGGAACCCCUGCACUGUAUUCGGGGCUCCUGGUUUUAGCGCUAAAAAUGAGAGUCUGGUUACCUUAGCACAGCUUGAAGAAGGGUUGAAGUUUUACUUGCCUUCGACAGGAGACCUUGGCAUAGAAUCCAUUCUUUUGCAAUACGUCGACUGGGAUGAUACAGAUAACCUUGAAAAGAACCGAGACGCCAUGGAAUUGAUUUUGCGAGACUACUACUUUUCUUGUCCUAUUAAGCAAUUUGUAAAACAUGCUACAGGGCAUGGAAAUAAAGUAUUUUUGUAUGAAUAUGACUACCGUUUCUCCAGUGAAGUUUGGCCGGAAUGGAUGGGAGUUGUCCACGGUGCAGAAUUGCCACUUCUCUUUGGGAAACCGCUGAUUGACUCCACCAACUUUACUAAUGCUGAACGGUUACUGAGCAAACGGAUCAUGACAUUUUGGGCCAACUUUGCACGAGACGGAUCUCCUACUGGUGACACAGAAGAAUUCAUCUGGCCACAGUAUUCAAACAAAGAUGAAAAAUAUACGAUUCUAAAGAGAGAUCACUCAGAGGUUCAUCAGAAAUGGUUUAAUCGUCAAUGUCAGUUCUGGAAUAAUUUUUUCCCCAAGCUUGUGGAACAGUUAAAGAGUAAACCAUGAAAACGUGGACUUCAAGAACUGCAGAAUGACACCAAUGAAUAGGUAGAAGAAAACCAGAAGGAACCAGAACGCACAUGGUGCAAGUUCAUUAAAUUAAUCAACCAAUUAGUGCAUAUUGUUUUAUUACAUUCAAAUUGAGAAUAAACCCGUGAUCAAAACAUUA